UGACAAAGAUAAUCUUUCAAACCCACAGACGUACCGAAUCCCCAAGAAACAUGCAGUCCUUCGUAGUGUGCCUGCUGGUGUUUGUGGCGUGCGCCGCGGCCGCGCCCCAGCGAGAGGGCGCUGCUUUCUCCAAGGAGGCCAUCAAGCAGGCACAAAACACCUUCCUCAUCCCCAAGGAUGCUGAGAUCCAGAAGGUCCAAGAAGGCAUCGAGCUAGCGGCGUACGAGUCGAUCCCCGGCAACCAGAGGAUCAACCUCUUCGAGAUCCUCGGAGACCAGGUCCCCUCCGAGGUCAUCAACAACCUCCAGGGCCAGAUCGACCAGGUCGGCCGCAACUAAGGCACAUCCACCACCAGUACGGCUAAGAUGGUCGCCACUUGGCCAUUCAUCCUGGUCUUCUUCUAAAUGGUCAUCCCAAAAUCAAGGUAAUUAAGUAUAGAUUCUGAGAAAGUGCCAAAAAUAUGUAUCCCCAACCUUAACGUAAUAAAGUCGUGUAUACAUAUAUUUGUCACAUUGUCCGCAUCUAUAUUUAAAACCUGGACUAUAGAAAUUCAGCGAAUAUUCGUGAUACCGUCUCUCUCGAUACCCAAGGGAGAUGAAAAGAAACGCCAUUACGAAUGUUAACCGAAUGACCUAUAGGUAUGUGUGGAUGCACCACAACAAAGCAAUGUACAGACAGGCGGAAAAAACGCGACGAAAAAUUAAAGAAGAUACCGUGCUGGUUUCAACACGAAGACGUUAUUUAUUGGUGACGCUGACGCAAGUACAAUACAGUGAAUGUGAUAUUGUGCAACAUCUUUUAUACAUUUGUACAUAAAUUAUAUUUAAAUAAAGUGGUCGUGCGACGUCCAA